GACAGAAUUGGCGCAUUGUCCCCUCGCACUUGUCCCUCCUCCCUCGGCAGUUUUAAUUCCAGACUCCUCUAUCUCGACUCCGACCUUAUCCAGGAGCGUGUGACUGACAUGCCCCCUCACCCGUACACCGAGACCCCCGCACGCGCAAAGUCGGGGAAAGCGGACGCCGAAGACGACGAUGACGGAGAUGACGACUACAUGAACAUGGUGAUUGAAGAGCCGCAGCAGAAGGAGACUUUUGCGCAAAAGAAGCGCCGACAGCAACGCGAGGCCGAAGCCCGGGCCAGAGUCCCAUCCAAAGCCGAGCGCGCCGCCGAAGAAGCUGCCCGUCGCGAUGCGGCCUUAUCCACCAGUACGCUCGACCCCUCCAACAAGGGGUUCCAGAUGAUGGCCAAACUGGGCUUCAAGCCGGGACAAACUCUCGGGAAGCAGGCCGAUCCCCAGAACGAGAAAGUCGCCUCGAGUCCGACACCUACCGAUCCCCAGUCGCGAGGCCGGUCCGAGCCCCUCAAUUUGAUAUUCAAGGAAGAUCGCGGCGGUAUUGGUCUGGACGCCGAGCGGAAGCGCAAGUUCCUCCAGGAGGCCGAAGAAGUGACAAAGAAGGUGAAGCAAGACGAGGGGGAUUAUCGCGACCGGGUACGACUGGAGCGCGAGACGAGACGGCUCGAGGCCCAAUUUCAGGCUGGACAGAAGGUCGCCGAACGAUUAGAUGCCGAAGCAGAGGCGGACCCCGAAUCUGCCUCUCGAGAAGGGCAGCCCCAAGCAGCACAGAACCCUGAGGACGAGGGAGAAGAGUCGCACAGAGACGACCCAGCCCGCGAACCUAGCCCGAAGAAAGUCAAGGCCAAGGUCAAACCGACAUCUCAGAUCAACAUCCUUUACCGGGGACUGGUGCGCGCGCGCGAAGAAAAGGAACGUGACUUGCAGACCCGCCAUCUAUUACAGUCCUCUCUUCCGUCGUCGUUCUUCCCGAAUGCGCGGUUACCGGGCUACGAUGAUCCAACCCUCGAGCGAGACGACCAGGAGGCCCUCGGAGGGGGACGGGAUAUCACCACGAUCCUUGAGCAAGAGCUGGAAGAAGAAGACCCCGAGCUGGACGAGUUUAACGCGCUGGAACCGGGCGAACGGCUUUCCCGGCUGGUCCAGUAUCUCCGCGAGCAACACCACUACUGUUUCUGGUGCAAAUAUCGCUACGAGACGGCAGAGAUGGAUGGAUGUCCCGGAGUGACAGAGGAAGAUCACGACUAAUGACUGGCAUGCGCUGUACUAUACAUUGCUAUUGUGACCAUGACGGAUGAUCGCCGUUCUACGAUAAUAUGUAUUCGGAACUCGACCGUUGAAUUCACAACUCGACUAGGUAUCAUAUCAACUGGGAAUCUUCUCGACAGUAUACAGCCUUCCAUACAGCAGCCCAAUCGCCAGGACUGGGGCCAUGCCUGCGGUGAAUCAAACAAACACAGCGAAGAUAAAAAUAAGCAACUCAACGUAAGGCCACAAUGCAAGCAGCGGGGAGAAACCGAGGUUUCCGUGGUAUCAGCAAAAGCACUAUAAUCCAUCAGCCGGGGACUGGGCGUCGACGGCUGUAGCCGAAAUCAAAGCCAUGAGCCUUUGGAAGCGAGAGAGGCAUAGCAAGUAAAUACAGCGCUCUUCCCUGCCAUGCGGGGACUCGGCGGGUAAACAUUAG